AUUUGAAUUUAGGUGUAAUUGAAGAGGACAUUAUUAUUAUUUUAGUUGUAAUUAUGCCUGCAUUUAGAAAUACUGAAGAUUCUUAUGCUAUGGAUAUUGGUUUAGUUGGAAUAAGUGACGGUGUAAUACAUUCAAACCUAAGUGUGUCUGAUGUGGUCUGAUGGACCAAGAAAUGAAGAGGGAAGCUAUCUUGUGCUUAAGCUCUCCGGUUAUUAUGUUUAUCCAGAAAAUAUAAAAAAAAUAAAAAUGUCAAUUGCAGUCCAAGUCUUCAGUCAGCGUGUUGGAGCAAUCACGAAAAGAAUUGCCAUAAUGACUAACUUCACUAGAUACAAAGGCAUUGACUCUAGGGCAGAGGAUACUUGUCAAUAUUAUCAACAAUAUAUUAACAACCUUUUUGACAGUGCUAAUGGAAAUUUCAUUAAACCUAGUCCAGGUAAAGAGAAGAGCUGUGUAGUGAGGUUAUAUUAAACUCGUUUCAUUGAAAUUUUUGAAUAAACUUGCUCGAAGUUCUAAGUAGCAUGAAGUAUGAAACAACAAAACGAUUCCAUUAGUUUCAAACUGGAUCAUAACUAUCUAAGGAAUGCAGUUAAUUUGUAAGCGAUUAUUGUAAAACUUUUAGUUUAAUAAGAAGCCAUGGAAUAAGGAAUAUUAACUCAACCUCUGUAAAGCUCUCGUCAUUAAUAAUUUUACAUCUAGUAGUCAUUACAUUAGUACAAACUGUGAAGAUGAUGACUGUGAUCAAUAGAGUUUUGGAUAAUUUAAAAGAAUUUUUAUUUAAUGAAAUAACAUUUGAACUUAUUGUUAAAGAAUCUAAUAAUAAUGAUUAAUGACCAACUACAAACUACUUUAGUGUCAAUGUCUCCCAAUAAUGAUAAUAUUAUAACCUUAGGCAGUAGAGCCUAUGUCAGUGAGUGGAUUAUUAAGAAGGUCAAGCAAUUAACUAAAAAUUGUUCUACCUGUAUUUCAAAACUGUGUUACAUAUCCUUUGAAUGAACAUUUUUUAAUUGUAGAAAGCCAAUAUUCUCAGUGUAACUUUUUUUACCUGGAUAAAGAAAUAAUUUAUGUAUAAGU